AUGAUCACUGGAUACGGCAUUGCCAAAACAUUGGACCGAAUACAUUACUUGCCAUUUCAAGAGCCAAGAAAAUACGUUGAAGAGCAGCUGGUGAAACUAGAAAGGAUUUUUCCGCGACUGAAGCAAACUUAUGCUUUAGCAGAAAAUGGAACCGAAGAGAAACGAGUGCAUUUUGCUGGGUCCUGCUGUUCGUACGAUGAUCCAAGAAGGCUUCGCAAUGUCACUGACCAGUUUCUAUUGUUGCAAUUCUACUACGGACAAAAUCCAAGAUAUUUUGAGAGUUAUCUUGAAGACGUGCGUGACAUUCUACAGUUUUCAGAGGAAGUGAUACGAAAUGGAACUGAGAAACUCCAAACUCUCAAAAGCCAUUCUAAGUCGAUGUGCAUACACGUGCGUAGGGGCGAUUUUAUCGUGAGAAACAUAGCUACUGAUUUCAAUAUCACUAUAAAAGCUGCCAAUUCUAUUGCUAGGAAGAAGAACUUGUCGCGAUUCUUGAUAUUUGGAGACGAUCAGCAAUUCAUGGCCGAUAUGUCGCAAGCCAUUAUAAAACAAGGCGCUUGGAGAAAUGAUGCAGUGGUUGCUUCAAAUUUUGAAGAGUACAUGGAUUUGUACGUGGCAUCUCAGAUAUGUAGCUCAUUUUUGAUCGCUGCAGUCACCUCUACCUUCGGAUGGUGGCUUGCGUUCUUCGUACAAGAUCAAAAUGCCGUGUAUUAUUUGGAUGACACCAGACCACACGCUGACAAAGUGCCAAGCAAGGAACUAUUUUUGAAAACAUGGCAAGUCUACACUGAGUAG